AUGGUUGGGCAGCUCACGGACAAAGCAUUCGUGCGCCAGUAUAGUGCCGACGGAUUCUCUAUAGCCGUCGUUGAUGGUGACGUCACGGGCACGAUCUACGGCCACCUGGUACGCUGUUUCCCGUAUGAGAUUGUGAGUCCGAGUGAGGAUGCUACGAUCCAGGAGGUGGCGUCGGUGCUGCGAGAGUGGAUCGUCAUCUGGAAGCAACUGUUUGUGAAACGGAAGACGGAGCUGUUUCGCAUCAUCCGGCAGCAGAUGCUGGAGCUGGUCGACUGGCGGCGGGAGCUGAUAGGGGGCGCGCUCACGCAGGACCAAGUUCGCGACCUCAAGCAGCGAAUCACGGUCAAGAUCGACUGGGGAAACAAGAAACUGGGGCUGGAUCUGGUGCCGAGGAUCAACAGCGAGCCAGUAGAUUCAGAAUCGAUAAGUGUGACAGAGCUCUACAAUAUUCACCAGAUGAGCUACCAGCAGUCUAGUCAUGUGUCU